ACUUCACCAGAUACCUCAUGGCCUUUUCUUUCGGCACGCCAGCGGCGAGUAAUCCAGGUCAAUCAUCCACCCCGUCCUUCAGUUUCGGCAACAACGCGUCGACGCCAGCACCAACAGGCGGCUUUUCCUUUGUACCGUCGCAGCCUCCUGCUGCAUCUCCCGGUGGCUUUAGCUUUGGACAAAAGAGAGAGUCGGACGGGCAGCAACAGCAACAGCAGCAGCAGAAGCCUGCUUUUUCCUUCGGUGCACCUGCUGCGAAGAGCAAUAAUGUGAGUAGUCCGAGUAAUCUGUUUGGCUCGUCGACGCCGGCUUUUGGGACUCAGCAGGCUUCAAGUAACCUCACUGGAUCUACGCAGCCUGCCAGUAACCUCUUUGGGUCUACAAACCAAGGACAGACGCAGCAGCCAUCGAAUCUCUUUGGGUCUACACAAGGACAGACGCAAUCGAGUCUCUUUGGACAAGCUCAGCCAAAUCUCUUGCAAUCUACUAGUUCUCCUCAGCAGCAGCAACCGCUUGCACAGUCUUUCUUUGGUGCUGCCUCCAUCCAGCCUCAAUUCUCAUGGUCGCGCCCUAGUGCUCCAUCGCUGACGAUGCCUACCUUUACCCCUCAACCAGCAGUCUUGCAAUCCUCUAUUACCAAGACAGCUCCAGAACAAUCCUACGGCCCCGGUCAACCCUCCAGCAUCGCUGACCAAUUCACAAAACUCAAAGACGCCUGGGAUCCGACCUCGCAGGAUUGUCGAUUUCAAUCCUACUUUUACAAUCGCGUUGAUCCAGGCCUCGCUGCACUCUACACGAGACCCAACAACUUCCCCUUGGGGCUAUGGGAAGAAGCUGUUGCGCAACGACCCGAUGAUUCAGUUGUUCCCGUACUAGCAACUGGCUUUCAAGACUUACAAGCACGCAGUGCGCUGCAAGAUCAACAAGUGCAUGCCUACCGCGUUCGCAUCCACGAAAUCGCAGCAUCCCUCAAACAACUCGGUGAUCGACACGCCGUGUAUGCAGAACCAGCGUGCAAUAGUCUGCAGAAACGUGGAAGGGUCGCUCAAGCGCGUCUCUUGGCACUGGCUGCACGCGUUCAAGUCUUGAAAUCACGCGGCUAUGCACUGCGUCCUGAAGAGGCAACGCUGCAAACACGCCUGGAAACACUAAGGUCUGCAAAACCUGGCGGAUUGCAAGAUCCAGCAACGUUUGGUAGGUUGGAAGAGUGUCGUGCAAAGCUGGUGUUGCUCAAACAACGCGAACAACAGGUUGCCCUGCAAAUCAAGUCGCGUGGUCAUCAAUCACGCGUGCAGCUGGAGGAUAUCGAUGCGUUUGUGCAAGUGUUGCAGGAUGGUCAAGCAGGCCUGCAAUUCCUAACACGCACCUUACAGCAAGAUCUCGAGCACGUUGAGCAAGUGAAACGGCAAUUAGAACGAUAGGAUAAGCAAUAGUCUAGUACUCUUCCUGACCUGCCUCUU